UGCAGGCUGUUUGAAAAUCAGUUUGAACAAAGGCCAGAAUAAAGACAGAAUCAGGUGGAAGAAAUACCAAAACAGGAGAAAGAACAGUUGUGAGCUGAGGGUCGAAAGCAAAAGAUGCAUUCGUAAAAGCUUUUGGAAAGUAUAAUGUUGGAGACAUGGCUAGUUUUGAGGUUCGGGGAGGAGAAUGAAAGAUUUGGAGAGUGUAUGCUGGCGUCAGAGGCAGUGGUUUGGGUACUGUGGUGACAGCCAGUGCAAGAGGACGAGGACUCGUGAGGAGUUAACAGAAAGAAGAAAGGAGCAGAAGUGUACCUCACUAUGGGUGUAAAACGCAAGGCUGCUGCUGCUAUUAUAGUCCUGCUGCUGUUCCUCGGCUCCCUGUGGCUCCAGGGACGUUUGGAUUAUCACUGGGAUCACUGUUUAAAAGGAUACAAUCAGAUAAAUAAUCUCAACCAACUGUCCAACAGCAGUGACACCAGUGGAUCUGAGGGCCUGGGGGUGCUGGAGCCGUGCCCGGGUCAGACCUUCCAGGUGUCAGUGCUGCUCUCCCACCUGCUGGCAGCUCCGACCUCCACUUCUGACGUGCUGCUGCAGCCGUAUCUCUCCAGUUGGGACGAGCUUGUCAAGUUUAUGGACUCUCUCGGUCCAAUGUUUGGACUGAUAUCCACAGAGAUAAGAACCAAGACUUCAAUCAUCCGGCAGCUGGCUGUGUUGUCAGAUCAGAACCGUGAAGCAGAGCUGGGCUCGGAUGUACAUCCUGUGAGCAUGAAGACUGGGAUUAAAAAUGAUGCACAGGCCUUACAGCACAGUGGUGCAUACCGCUCUGUGCACUCCAUGAUCUGGGUGGAACUGGACAGAGGUCUGGUGGACUUCAAGCAGCAGACGGACUCUGGAUGUCGCACACUGUUACGUCUACAUCGUGCUCUGCUUUGGCUGAAACUCUUCUUGAGGAAGCUGGCCGAGAAUCCAGCAGCAGGCCAGCUCAAGAGCCCAUCAGAUCUGUGCCGUGAAGCCUACCAGCACACCCUGGCACAGCACCACACCUGGUUGGUCCGCAGGGCUGCAGAGCUGUCCUUCAUUGCCUUGCCGGAUCGAGGAUUCUUCUUCAGGCUGGUGUGCGUUCAGAACCAGGAGCAGCUCGGUAAGGUGCUGAACAGGGUAGUCCAGGCCAUCGGGGAGGUGUAUGACAGGACACAGCAAGCUCUGGAGGAGAACGACUUGCUGAACUUACCUUAAGAAACAGACUAUGAGAUGGAAAACAAGCGACACCUCCACCCACCAGUCCCAAUCAUACCUCUGAUUUACAUGAUUGGACUUGAAACCAAGCCACCCAAGGGCCAUGUCAGCAAUCACCAUUACUGUUUCACUUUCUUGGCCUCAUAUUAGAAGCAUUUGUAGGCAGCUCAGCUGGUGAAAUGGACACUUUAAAUUAUUUAAGUAGAGGGACAAAGUAAUAUGAUGCCCUGCAAUAGAUACUACCAUGAAUACUACCCCAGUGAGGGGUAAUGUUCUCUUUUGUCAAAGGAUUGUGUUGAAUUAUCAAUCUCUAAGCCAUAAGAUUGUUGUUAGAGCACAUACCAUAUGUUUAAAAUCACACAUAUAGUUAAAUAUGCUAUCUGUCAUUUUUGAUCAUGUAAAACAAUAUCAAUUCCAGUCACUGAAGAGUUUUAUUUAUACAGUUGUGUGAAAAAGACUCACUCACAUACUAAAAUAAUAGCAAUGCUUAUAUAAAUGUUAAGAAAGUUCAAUACGUUUCUGUACUUUGGUGGUGCAGACUGAUUAAAUAUCUAACAAAGUUUAA